GAGUCACAGUUUGUGAGUGAGUGUUUACCCUUGCAACACGGACAAAGGCCGGAGUUUUCGAGGUUUGUUGUCAACGUCGAGAUCUGAUUCUGAAGUGGUGGUUUAGGUGAUGGUUUCGGUAGCCUGUUCUUGGGGUCAAUUGGUUUCCUCUUUGUAGUCAAAAUGUGUCCAUAUUGGGGAUCGUUCAUGAUUCUGAGUUGUCUUUCUACUAGCUCUAGAACAUGCUGUAAUGUGGGGUUUAAUUUGGUCUCAUCACGAAUUUUCGGAAGUUUCUUUACCCACUCUAUCUGCAUGUGCAUUGGCAAACGAUCAACAACUCUUUCAACGUUAGAUGAUGCAUUAAUUUCGUGUUUGUAAUUCUCAUUGUCCUUUAAGACUUCUAAACAGGAACGUAAAUUAUUUCUGAGCUUAGCGAGAGAGUUGUUGUCUCCCCUUUCAAUGCGAGGACCCACCGUGACUCGUUUUAGGGAUGCUUUGACUACGCUAGAAGGAUGACCAUACUGAGACUCUAAUAUUUUCAUGGCUUGACUAAAACCGUUUGAUUUCAGUUCACAAUGUUCAAUUGCGUCUCUAGCAUCACCUUCCACGAAACUGAGAAGACGAGUUAUUUUUUCUCUUUCAUCAAACUCUCUUUCGUUUAACCAAACCUCCACUCGCUUCUUAAAAACAGGAAACUGAGCAGGGUCACCUCUAAAUUUCAUUGGCUGGGGUUUCGGAAUCCCUUGCCGCUGUAACAUGGCUUUCAUAACAGUGGUUGUUUCGGUUCCCUGCUUCAUGGCACUAACCAAUUGCUGAUUCAUUUCGAGUAAUGUAGUUGUUAAAUCAGGUUUAGUUUUGUCAACGCUUGGUUUAAACUCGGGUGUAGAUGGCUCCGUGUCAUUGCAUUUCUCAGAAAGGGACGCAAUCCCUUGCUUGUUAUCGACCACUGAUUCGGGUGGCGAUUUGACUAACUCAGGCCGAGUUGAGGGGUGAUCUGUCUUGUAGAAAGCUCUGUCCUGUGGUGUCAAAUUUUUUACAUCUACCUUCAUAUUAACCCUGUUGCCAGCUACAGCCUUUGAUAAACUACGCAUGCUUCCGCAGUCACUAUAUCUUUCGUCUGCCUGAUCGGCUGCCAAAAGUUUGGCUUCUAACUGAGAGUACUCCGCUUGGUCCCGCAAAUCUUGUAACUCACAUUCUAUCUGUUCUUGCAUUUGUUUUUCCUUUGCUUUUGCUCUUCUCUCAGCCUGCUCUAGUUUCAACCUUGCUAAUUCUGCUGAACGAGCCGCUGUCUUCACCCUAGACGAUACAGAGGACCCCCCUGAACGUCUACUCUUUGACGACCUUGACAUGGAAACACUACUUUGUACUGACACAGAAAGUUUAUCAUCAUCCUUAAGGUGAAGACCAUUCUCAAACUUUGAGUCUCUCUGUAAACUGCGAAUGCUCUUGUUAAGUUGACCAAUAGCUAGUUGAUUACAUUCAUUUAUUUUUCGUUCGAGACUUUGACGUUGGAUGCUAAGACGCUCCAAGUCACGCGUGUUAUUAAUCAGCUGAGAAUAAUCUUCAUGUACUUUGAGGUACUUAACCCACUUUGAAUGUAUAGUGUCCAAAGUUUUUUCAAUUUCUGUAGUCUCAAUAUUACUAUAAUCAUAAGUUUUUAAAGACUCUGUAGAUACUUCAAUAAUUUGCGAAAGUUUUAAUAAUUCAUGCUUUAGUCCUUUGGAAUGUAUUUCAUUUAAAUAUUCUGCGUACUCACGCGGCACCUUCCGGGUCCGAGAUGUCCUUCGUAAACCGUCGUCACUUCCGGCUUGUUGACUUCGUCGAUCGCGAAGUUCGUCGAACUGUUUUGCACCGAUUUCAUCCAUAAAAGAUCAAACUAUGUUGGGAACGAACCCAACCGAAUGUCGUUUAUAUAUCAAAUAAUAAUCACCACGUCAUUACACUUUAUUUACUCUCAAAUUUAGUUUAUUCUAAGCAGUACAUCAUGACAAAUAUCUUGUACAUAUCAAAUAUCCAUGCAUCAUUCUGUCCUCGAUUCUGUCCGUAUUUCGACUAAUAUCGGUCGUAAACAAAGGUUUGCUACAUAGAAUUACAAAUAACGUUCAUUAACAACAAGUUCAAUUGUUUCAAAGUCAAAAUGAAAGAAAUACUUACAUCUUAUGGCGAUUUUAAAGCAGAUUACGUUUGUAUAUCUAUCACGAAUAUCAAUAGUUUUCCAAAAAGCCUCGCUCACGAAGACUGGCCCUAAAUUAAUUAUGCUAAUGUCAACAAACGGCGCGAAAUAAUUAGAUUAAUUAUAGUAGCGUCCGUAACAUUAACACUGUCACUGAAACAUUUUAUUAAUAAAUACACCCUUCUGGAAAGUACAUCACUUUGACUGUUCAGGUUUUGCAGUAUGACAUAUCAUCUUAUAGGAAUUCCUAUACGAAAUUUAUCCUAAUUUCCUAUAAGAAUAGUAAAUGACACACAAUGUUGUUCAUCACUCUUAAUUUUUUAAUGCAAAAAAAAAUAUAUAUAUAUAAAUAUUAAAAAAUACAUAUAUUACAAAUUAAUAUAAAUAUUUAUACGAGAAAUUGGUUAUACUAAACAUUACAGAUCAAUUAUAGUUUUCACCUAUGGUUUAAUAACAAGUCAAAAUAAAAACAUAACCUAAAGAAAACCAUUGCAAUCAAUUAUAUGUACACAAGCACCAUAUUUAUUGACCUUUGUUAUUAAACAAUAGGUAAUGACCAUAAUUGACAUGUAAAGUUAAUUACAUUAACCCAUUAAGCUGCAGAGCUUCCCCAUUGACGAGUAAAAUCUUCUGGCGCUAGACAAGUAAAAAAUAAAAAGGGCGCACUAGGGCACAUUGCGGCUCAAUGGGUUAACUACAAACAUUGGCAGUUUUUUAUCAACCCAUUAAGCUGCAGAGCUUUGUGGGCUAUCCCUAUUGACGAGUUAAACCGUCUGGUGUUAGACAAGUAAAAAAAUAAGUAGGGCACACUCAGGGACGUACACAACCGGGGGGGUGGGGGCAACUGCCCCCCCCCCAGAGAAAACUAUAUUUAUGAUUUUUAGAAUGUCAUUGUUAAUUAUUCUUUGGAUAUUUGGGACUUUUUUCGGCAUAUAGGCCUUACUGCCCCUCUGUUGAAAAAAUCCUGCAUACGGCCCUGGGUGCAUUGUGGCUCAAUGGGUUAAAAUUUGCCUUGAGCAAAACAUAGUCCUCAAAUAUUAUUGACUACUCUAGUUAAAAACAAGCAACAAGUCACUUGUAACAUUACUCAAUAAAUAUUUUUAUAUACUAAAUGUUUUUUGAAUAUGCCCCUUUUGCAAAUUAUUUGCUGGGCAAUAAUAUUUUUAAUAACUAGCCUGGUGUUUCUGUUUUUGACUAUUGUUCUUGUUUGCCUUUCUGCGCUUUGCAACACUUUACAGUGUUGUUUUUGUCCUCAUGUGUUGGCGAACCUCUGAGGCCUUACAUCCAUACUUUGUUGAUACAUACUGUAAGCUAUAAAAAGACAAAUAAAUUUAUUUAAUAAUGCAUACAUUUUGAUACAGCUGCUGAUAACAGAAAAAUAAGGGAAACAUUUCCCCAAGACCCUAACAUGGCAAGUACACUUAAUAGUGAUUGCUUAAUGCUAAUUAUAUUUUCAAUAAACUUUCCAACCAGUUGGGUUUUUAGGCAAAGGGUCUAUUUACCGUCUAUACUUAUUAUGUAUUAUAUACAAAAAUAGCAAAAGGCCGAGGGAAUGAAAGUCAUAGAAUACCGUCCUUAUAAUUUCAAAAAUAGAUGAGGCUUUUUUUCAUUAUUCAUUAUUCAUUAUUUUUAGAAAUGUGUGAAAAUUGGUCGAACGUCAAUAUACCUGUUCAGUAAUGUGCCAGCAAUCUUUAAAACUAGGCAGCGAAUGCCUGCGAAGUGAAAGCUUUGCUGUACAAGUAGACUUUGCCCUUAAUACAUGACUUCUGCGAUAAAUUAUAGUUUAAAGUGUAGAUCAUUGUUGAAACAACGAAAUUUUUUGAAAUAAUGAUUUUUUUGCGGCAGCAUUUUGGACAAGCGGGGGGAGGACGGUAUUCUAUGACUUUAAUUCCCUCGGCCAAAUGAAGUAUUUUUAAUAGUACACCCACCUUUCAUUUCUUGAUCAUGAUCAUCAUGGCGUAAAACAACUGCCUUAACACCCAUGUCAGUUUUUAGCUUGUCUAUUUGGUCGCCCACCAGUGCAUUUAAUGGGGAAAUCACGAUUACAAUUGUUUCUGGCAACACGGCAGAAAUAUUUCUUUUUCUCGAAUUAAUGUAGUCGAACAUGGACGGUAAAAGUUGGUAUAUCAACGAUUUAACAUCCCUUCCAUUUACUAUUUGACGAAUAUCUUCUUUCUGCUCUUCCUUUAACUUAAUUUGAGUAUUAUUUGUUUUUGCAAGUGCAAAAUAUAUUGCUUCUGCCUUCCUCGUACAGUUGCAUUCAUUGCGGUCGCCAUGUUUUUAGGGAGAAAGGCAUAUGCUGUGCGACCAAGCCUCUGCGUCGGAAUUCCGACACAGAUCAACAGCCUGAACCAGGGCCACUGUGAGGGCCGCCCGAGCUUGGGCCUGGGGACGAGGAUGAAAACGAUCCUGAUUGGUCGAUCCAUAAGUUAUUGAACCCAUACCCCCUGUGGCGUUCACGAGCGCGGCCAAUAUGAGUGAAUACGAUAUAUUUUGCUUUAUUUGGCCUGAAAAGUUGCUUAUUUUGACGAAUUUUUUGUUGCUUUUCGUCCGAAAAAGUGGUGAAGGGAUUAAAUUAAGGAGUUGAUUUAUGCGUACUUGAAUUCAUUUGGGGAAAAUAACAGCCUUCGUUAUGAUAAUAAUUCAUACUCUUGGUUCACGCUGAGUAUUGAUGGGAAUGAUGGCAUAUGUCCUUGAUCUACUAUAUUGGAGUGUUAUUAUUGAAAAGAAAUUCAAGCGUACAAGACUUACAAGCAUACACGUAUGCUAGGACUGUGUUUAUACAAGAUUUGGAAUUUUUAAUUGAACUGUAAAUGUAUGAAUCAUCAUGGUGUGAAUGUAACAAUUAAACAGCAUUUGGAUUCUUUUGCAACUUGUCAAUUCGUUUGAUAGAAUUGUUUGAUGAUACAAUAUAUUGUUUCUGUUUACAGUAUUGCCUGUACAACUCUGUCAGAAACAUUGGUGUUUAUAGCAGCCCAAAAAGGUUUCAUUAAUUUAAAGGCCAUGUAAAGUAUGUAAAGUAAACAAACCCUUUGUUUACAUUCUGUGAUUCUGAAGUCUGAACCCAGUGCUAUAGUUGUAAAAUAUUAGAUAUGCAUUAUAUUGAAUUUUUAACUCUUCUGGUUUGCUAUGUUUGUAAAUGAAUACAGACUAGAGAUUCAAUUCAAGAAAGUUUGGAAGGUGUGAAAAAUUACCAUUGGAAUGUAGGAUUGCAGAAUGCAUGCACAGAACAGACUUUACAUGGUCUUUAAUAAAAGCAGUAUGUACUAUGUGCAGUAUGUAAUAAUAUGAAACCAUCUACACAAUUUAUACAAUGGUGCCAAUAAAACUGGUAAAUAAAUGAUUGUCAACUAUUCGACAGUCUUGCUAUGCUGAGUGGUUAUAUAGUAAUACUACCUGAAAAAAAAACAAGCAGAAACUCAACGUUGGCUACUAACUCUUGACGAAGGGCCUUCGCUUGAAACGUUGAAUUUCUGCUUGUUUUUUUCAGGGAUUACUAUAUAUAAAUAUAAGAUGUUCAUUCUUGUAAUGGACAACUGAGUGUGCAACAAUUAACAAUUGUAUUUGAAGUCCACUGCUCAACAAAAACAACUUUACUUUUUCAGAAUAAGACUACUAAAACCAAAUUUUAGGUUUAUUAGUGAACUAUCAUAUAACUUCGUACAUGUACAUCUUUAACAAUUUCAGGACUGCUAAAAGUAGGGAUGCAGCCAUGCAGGCAAAAGCCUAGCUCAAAAGGAGCCUCCAAAGCACAAAGAGUUGUGUCAGUGCCAGAUAAUAUGCAAUAAAGUGUAAUAUAUUGUAAAACACCUCUUCUCCCAUUUAAUAAUUAUGAUGUCAUAGGGUUCACCUGGGAAAACUUAAUGAUGUCAUAUGGUUCCCCUGGUACCAUAAAAUGAAUUGCAAGUUCUGAAAAACCUUUAUUGAUUUCAAUAAUGUGUCAUUCUACACAUCAGCCUAUCAAGCAAUACAAGCAUGAAAGUAUAAAUGAUAUUACACUUAUUCAAACAGGACAUUGUUAUUAGUCAGACCAGGUGUGAUUCUUGAUUCUUUAACCAGUAACUACUUUUUAUCACAUAAUUAAUGAGCAAUGCACUUCUCCAACGAUACUAUUCCAUUCUUGAGUAUUUCAUUAUAUUAGACUCUUCAUUAUAAUGCAACAUGCCAAGUUUACUGAUCCAGAAUACAAGACUGUAUAAUUUAACUUGAGACUGAUUUCUCCAUUGCUUCCGGAGGUAUUGGCAUAAUAAAAAGAUUAUCACAUUUGCAGUCACAGGUGUAUCUGAAAGAAAUGUAAAACUAAAGCUAUAAAAUAGUCAAGUUGAGUAAAAAAUUAAACACACACUGGUAUACUGCUACAGGCUUUUGCUUAAUUGCUACAGCAGUACAGACCUUCCUUAUUGAGAAAAAAUCUUUAUUUUAUCAUUGUAUAAAGAAUAGCAUUAUGGUUUUAAAUUCCCUAGGUAUGAUAGAUUCAUAAUAAUACAUGGCAGCAUGUAUAAUAGUAUUAAAUAAAUACUGGGUAUGAUCAGCUCACAGGAUGCUAUAGAAUUUCUGAAAAUCUGCUGCAUUUUUAGGGGGUACACAAUAUAUUUUGUGGUAUUCUAACUAGACUACAAUUAGGAUGGAAAUUCAGAGCCCAAGGUUCAAAAAUUAACCUUGGAACAAAAUAAUGAUGACAUGAACAAUAUAUUAAAAUUGUAACAAAUUAAAGAAUUAUUGAAGGCAACAAAGGCAGUGUGCAACAAGCAACGUUCUUGCUCAAGAAUAGCCUAUUUAAUAAAGCUGAGAGUUAUUAAAUUACUUUUAUAUAACAAAUAAUUAAACGUACUUAUACCUUAUAGAAGAAAUCAGAACAUUUUGAAGGAAAUAGAAGCCAUUUGAGACAAAAUAUUUGAUCGAUGACUCGAUGAGUGUUGACAUGUGUACAAGCCGAUGUUUCAAUCAUCUCAAAUUACUUGUUAAACGGAAAUCACACGUGCACUCAGUAUCCUUGUUGUUCACACUAACUGCGCCGAACAUAUUUUAAUGCUUUUGACGGGAAAAAUUGCGAUUUUAUUGAUAUUUUCAGCAAAAAGUUAGCUCUCCACUCCUCUUGAAAAUACUAUGGCGCGCGCGAAUUCCCGGAGAAUGGGUACGAAAUAGUUAAUUGGAAAAUACUGUACUUUUACCGUAUUUUCUAAUUAACUCAACUCGUGUGGCCAGAGCCACUCAACGAUGGCUCUGGGUACGAGACUGAUAACAACAACAAUACUUGUGUUCGUCACGUGAUUUUAUCUAACUAAAUUCAACCAAUAACAAUAGCGUGCAACCUAUUACCUAAUAUUAUAUUCCGCAAAUAUUUUACCUAACUCUAUAACAUAGCAUUCCAUUAUCAAGAUGUGGUCAUGUUUGAAUGUCAUCUUUCCAAUAUUCAUCGCACAGAGUGUUAGGAUCGCUCUUAAUAAUAUCAUUAGUUUGUAACCUUUGUUGGUAUUCCUUCUUAAUAUACUGUCAAAAAUUUCUUUGGAGCACGCACCAUUUUCCCACUCUGUCAACCCAUCGAAAUCCUCGUAUUCAAGCUUCUCCUUUGUACUUGUAGCCAUAAACAGCCAAAGUAAAACGACUAUUCACAAUAUAAUCUCCAAUGAGAACAUGAAAUAUAAACAACUGAAACUCUCAAUAUUUCUCAAUAUAUACCCUUUGGAUUCGCUUACUUUUAUAAGUUUAUCUCUGAGUUAUAUCUAAUAGCAUGUCAUAUAAAGCAAUAAAGGUGAGAUUGACAUUGGUAUCAGGUUACACUCUCGCACCUGGACGUCUUCUUUCCCGACGGCUUUGUUGUCUUGCUUUUAAACAUGAUUAUUUUGAAAUGUUGUUUUGUUUAAACAUACAGAGACGUAAAAGCCCUGUUUUCGGCACUUGCGUGCUUUCGUUGUCGUGAGUCAAAUGUAAACAGCUCGCCGAAAGGUGUCGAAGAAAUUAGCAUAUUCAUAGAUUUCCCCCAAUCAGAUUCCAUUGAAAUCUUUACGAAAUGUUUGAAAAUACACACAGAUCAGCCAGAAUACAAAAAUAUGGACUAUCUUUUAAUAUAGCAUGAGAAAAUCAAUGAAAUGUCCAUACAAAAUUAUCGCUCACUCAUUAGUAAAAUAUAUGGCAGUCAUGGCUGGCCGCGCGCUCGCCCCAAUAUUUUUGCACCCCCGGCAAUAUGGCGGAAUAAACCUUGAAUUUUAAAUAAAUCUUUCAUAGCGAACUACAAAAAUUUUGUAGUCAACCCACCCCUGUCAGUUUUUUAUACUUCUUGUGUCGUCUAUAUCCGUAGUUUCACUGUUUUUCAAGCAUUUUACAAAGGUUGAAAAAAUCACUAUCCGGUGGAUAGUGCUAUCCGACCUUCGUACAACCGGCCCAUGGAAUUCAGCAAUCCACCACUUGUCUUCCUUCCGGAUUUCGUCAUAACGAAGAGGUCUUCCAAUUCAACCGGUCGUCUCUCUUAUUCUUGUAAUUACAUAUAAAUAUCUUGACCCACUCACCGAUUUUCAGGGUCUUUCUCAAGUAGGUUUACAUAAUCAUCUCGCUCGGGCUCAGCCACCGCAGCUGCUAAAACUUCUCGAGUUACCUUAGCUUCAGACUGUGAUUUUAGAGACCCUCUUUCUUCACCGAUCGCCUUCGCCACGUUACUAACCAGAUUUGUUGUCAUAUGACCAGCGAACAUUUCUAGCCGAGGUAUGGCAAGACCACGUUUCGCCAGGCGAGACUUAGGAGCCGCUAACGUUUGGGAGUCUGAAGUAUCAUACACUACACGCGGUUUAGUAGAGGUCGCUGCCUCUCUCACAACUUCCAUGUGGGGUAUGUAAAACUCCCUGUUCGCAGGCUAUGCUGGUGCUUCCUCAAAUAUUCCUUGCACCCUUUGGUCUUCAAUUAUCCCGAGCCAACGGCGGGAAGCGCCGUGGGAGGGUACUAAUUCCCCCCGGCUAUUUACGCCCGGGUAGACUGGUUGUGUAGACUGUAAUUGCAACUCGAACUGUGGAUGUUGUCAGAAAUGACAGACACUCAUUAAUCUCCAACAAUUUUACGCUCGCGCAAUGGUUAGUUUUGUAGUAGAUGGCGAGAUAUGUAGUCGGCAGGAUUAGUUUUGCAGGUUCAUAGCGAACACUGAAAUUGUUGAAAAGGUUGUAAUCGAAGAUUCUAACGUUCACGUCGAGCAGCAGGCUUAGCUUUCGGGUUGUUGAAGAUGUGGAUGAGUGGCUUAUGGUCAGUGAUCAGAGUGAAUGGUGCACCGUACCAUAUACAUAAAGAUGGAAUUUUGCAUAUGCCCGUACAUAGGCUAGAGCCUCACGCUCAGUUUGUUAAUAUCUUUGUUCGACAGGGGACAGAGCGACUAGCAUAUGCCACAAUAUUUUCCCCACUGUCACUGAUUUUCUGGUUAAAAUGGCACACAAGGCCAUUGCAGGACUAAGCUAGUUGUGAGGCGACAUUUUAACUCGUCAAAAGCAUGAUAAUGUUGUUUUGUCCAUUGCCAUUUGGUUCCGUGACGAGUCGGAGCACGAAGUGGGGCUGUGAUGGUGGAGAAGUCAUAGAUGAAACGGGAGACAUAGUUAACUGUACCGAGGAAACUACGAAGUUCUGCUGUGCUGAUUGGUGGGAUGGCAUCUUGUAUUGCUAGGACAUUUUUGGAUGAAGUUUCAUGCCAGUUGGACCGAAAGUGUAGCCAAAAAUUAAGAUUUUCCUUGUCUUUACACACUUGUCAGGAUUCAGAGUUAGUCUUUUUUCGCUCAGGCGCCGAAAAAUUUCCUUCAGGGCUUUAUCAUGUUCUGCUGUUAUUUUGCCCAAAAUGAUAAUGUCAUCGCUAAUAUUCAAGACUCUAUUUAUGCUUUCAAGAGCGUGUUGUCUGGUGAGUUUCAGCGGCUGAUGAAGUGCCAAAAUUUAAUCGCUUGUAUCGUUUUAGUCCCUUGUGAGUAACAAAGGUUGUAAUGUGUCUCUAUUCUGGCGCCGGGACGAGUUGAUGGUAUCCAGAUCGCAGAUCAAGCUUAUUGAAUUUUUUGGCACCAUUAAGUGAGUGAAUGAUGUCAUCCACAGUAGGUGAAGCUUGUCGUUCGCGAUGGAUGGCACAAUACAAAACACACUGUUUCCCUCGGUCUCAGUAAAGGCCCCCCAGUAAAUAUACAUGUACGUGUGUAUUUAUCCGGGCAGAAUUGAUCCCCGAGCCGACGGCGCGAAGCGCCGUGCGAGGGUACUAAUUCCCCCCCCCGGCUAUUUUCACCCGGGGAAAGGGAAGCAUUAGCCAAGUCUAAAGUUCAUCAAUGAGCGCGGGCGUUGGCCACCAACCGUGGGUGGUCAUCCUCACUGAUUUCAAAAAUAUGGCUGUUUGCCAGGAGUGGGAUAAGCAAGAUUUCAAUUUUCAAAAGCAAAAAUUUGGAAAAUCACGUUUCACACAAUGAGCUUUGAAGCAAUUUUUGUUUGAUGAAAUGAGAAGAAUUGAUUUACUGUGGAAAAUCGUGGAAUAUAGGGCAAGUUUGCUUUGGAUGUUUAAUGUUUAUGAAUUUUGUUGCUUUAAUUUAUUGCGUAAAACAUGCACUGCUUUCCUUUUCAAUAAAGCUGUAUUAAAGGUUGCUAAAUUACCCUGUUUAAUUUAAGAAUAAAAGGUAAAAUAUAAAGGAGACCAAAUUCAUUUGAAAACCGAACUGAAAUUACUCAACAAUUUGAACUUAUUUUGUUUUAUAAACUAUAUAAAAACCCGUACAGUUUUAUAUCGGAAAACUGAGCAGUUUGUAGUUUGAUAUUAAUAAAAUGAACAUUUCAAAACAUUUUACGAAGCGAUUCACGUUAAAUUUUACAUUAAAUCAAAGCUCACAAAAUGCAGAACAACAUACCUACAGUACAUAUUUCGGAAAUUCAUUGUUAUAUAGUUAAAAGCAAUAAUCUUUCAACUAUUUUUGGCGUGUUGUACAACAAAUAUAAUAAAAAAAUAAUUAAAUUUAUCGUGUUGCCAUGGCAACACUGACGUAAACGCGAGCCUGCGUUCAGUCACAGGUUCAGUGUUAAUCGAUUACUAAUACUUGUUAAAUCAAUGUUUGGAAAAUACAUGCGAGGGGUUGCUGCAUGCAUGUAUUUCUAGUUAGAAUAUUAAUCAUUGCCCUAAUGUAACAAUUAUUAAAAUAGCGGGACAAAAAUCAAUAUGAGUGACAAAAAAACGAUAUCAUUGACAAAAUAUUAUAUCAAUGACAAAUCGUUUUUCUGUCACCAUGUUAUCACCCUUAUAAACGGCACAAAUAUGUGAUAAAUUAUUAUUAUUAUAUAUCAAUAGUCAAAGCCGCUUUUUUCUAGUGUUUUAUUGGUCGAGAGCAUAUCACGUGAGAGUGACAAAAUUAGACUGUCUCCCUCGCAACAGCGCGAGAGGGAAACAAUACGUUAUCGACCAGCGAAUAACGAAAAAAAAUCACGUGCGCCAUUGACGUGAAGUUGGGACCUUUGGACAUGCCUAAUAAUUUAAAUUUUCGCUUUGAGUAACUGCAGUGCUUAAUUUAACGUUUUAACAAUAAAAUAUUUCAUGUAUUUACGUUCAUUUGUUCUUUAAUUUGUUGUUUCUUUGACUAUUGACAUAUAAUAAAGCACUUAUUUACUUAGACCUCUGGAAAGCAGUGUGUUUUGUGGACCCUCAACCGUCGAUGUUUCCCAUCCGAUGUGGACCCUCAACAUCGACGGUCUCGGGUCCACAAAACACACUGUUUCCCUCGGUCUCAGUAAAUAAGUGUUAAUUAGAAUUUCUUUGCCAAUGAACUCACGAGAUGGGGCGUUGUUUAAGUCAUUCAAAGCCUUUGUGUAGUCAUGCUUUAUCAGAUAUUAAACACUCGUGCUGCGCACUCUGUUAAAUAUCUGAUAAAGCACUUAUACGCGUGCUUUAAUUAGUACAUAAUUAAUUAAUUAAUUAAUGGUGAUUCCAGCUGUAGACGAAAUUUGAUAUAUACAAGACGAACAAAAUUUAUUACCAUAGCUGGAAAGAACAUCUUAAAAUGAGUAAAAUUGCAAAGUUUGGUUGCGAAUUGUUGUAAAAUGGGGAAAUGAAGUUCGCAAAUUUUGUAUUAUUUGUACAAAGCGCGGUAAAAAUAAGAGAAUAGUGGUCAUUUUACCGCACGUGAUACAAAUAUAUACAAAUAUAUUCAUUUUACAACAUUUAGCAACCAAUCUUUGCAGUUUUACUCAUUCUAAGACGCUCUAUAAUUUUAGCUGUGGUGUUGAAUUUAGUUCUUCAGUUUUACCUUGAUCAAAAUUGAGUCUUUAGGCUGGAAUCUUAGUCUUUAGGCUGGAAUCACCGAUUUCUAUGUUAUAACCCCCUAUGCUAGCAAGAAAAACAUAAGCUUCAAUGACAUGUUUCAUGUAUAAGCAACAUUGUUUAUGGCUCGCUUUAAAAUAUUUGUCUGGGUUAUCAUAAGCGUACGGGAGGGCCGGGAAAAAGUGUGUGUGUGUGUGUGGGGGGGGGGGUCGACCAAAAAUAUUUUCCAAUUUGUCAAAUAUCCACGCUAAACUUUACAUAUUUCUGUUAAUUUUAAAUACUAUAUUGAAAAUGUAUAUGUCUUGUUUUUAAAGUUAAUUCCCCCAAUUUUUGCCCGAAUUAUGUUUAUAAUUUGCCUGAACUUCAUUUUGAUCGGGGGCAACUGCCCCUGCCCCCGCCCCGUACGCCUAUUUCGACUACCGUAUAAUAUAUUUAACAAACCAUCGUUUCCCGCCAAGUACUUCAGACUGGCUAUAUGCAUUAAACUAUUGCAAGAAGAACGGAUGGGAUCUUGUUAGUAUACAUAGCAAGGAGGAAAAUGAAUUCCUAAGAAAUCUCACAACAAAGAAUGUAUGGAUUGGUUUGGAAAGCAGAGGAGUAUUUCGAGGUAGGAAGUGCGUUUUUGCAUGUAAAUGCGAUUUGUUGAAAUGACCAUUAUUAUAAUAUUUUCUAUUACACUUAAACGGUUACCCUGGUUCCAGAGCCUCAUUGCGAGGGGAAAGAAACGAGAGGCGAGAAGGAAAAGCCUCUGGUCACAUCAGUGGCCUAGUCAGUCCGACGAUUCAGUCCCGCUAUACAAAUAUUGCCAUGUUUAUAAACUAUCAACACAAUCAAUUUCUAAAGAAAUGAGGGGACCAAAUCGUCGGGCUGGCUACGUCGGUUGCAAAUCCUACUUCCACACUUGAUUAGGUUCAGAAUUUGAAUCUCGCAUGUGAUUAGCCAUUUGUAAAAUUAUGUCAAACCGGUUUGGAAAUAAACAUUACUGUAAGCUAAUUAUAGCUAUUAUAGCAGUUACAAUAAGUAGGUAAUCACACAGGAAGGAUUGUAAUUAAUGAUUAACACUGCGAGUGAUAUUUGAAAAAUGUGCACGUCAUUACGAUUGGCAAAAGAAAGAUUUAAUUAGCUUAGUCGAAUGAUUUCAGUGUAAUACAAUUACAAUUUCAAUUUUUUUUAAAGUGAUCGUGAAAUAG